CCAAUCUUCACAAUGUCAACAUGAACAAAAUGCCAGAUGUCGCGAUGACUCUAGCCGUUGUUGCCCUGUUUGCUGAUGGUCCAACCGCUAUCAGAGAUGUUGCCUCCUGGAGAGUGAAGGAAACCGAAAGAAUGGUCGCGAUCCGGACCGAGCUGACGAAGCUGGGAGCAACGAUGGAGCAAGGCCCGGAUUACUGCAUCAUCACGCCGCCAGAGAAGCUGAACGUCACGGCGAUCGACACCUACGACGACCACCGGAUGGCGAUGGCCUUCUCCCUGGCGGCCUGCGCCGAGGUACCAGUCACCAUCAGGGACCCCGGGUGCACCCGCAAGACCUUCCCCAACUACUUCGAUGUGCUAGGCACCUUUGUGAAGAACUAGGCUGGGAAAAUCAACAACGAAUUGCGCUUAUACUCUGUAGCCUGUCCAUG